UUAAUCGUGUGGUGAAAGCGUACAGUGACAAACGUGUUCUAUCGAGCGAUUCUAGUCCAACAUCAUGAGUUUAUCGUGCGAAAUCAACUUUCCCUACAACUGGGCCGAGGAGUUCUACUACGGCGAGCGGUUACAUCUCUCGGUUGCCCUCAAGUGUCACAAACAGCUCACGGUGAAAGGUGUCACAUUGAAUGUUUCAUACAGAAGUGAGCGGGAAAGCCAGUCGAAUGAUUAUAGCAGGUACAUUGACGAUCAAGAGGAGGAGUCCCACACUAAGAAUAAUUGUUGGGAAAAAAGCAGCAUAAAACAUCACAGUGAAAUUGAUUUGUUUGGGGCAAGAGAAUCGUUCAUUAACAUGCUUCCUGGCACGUAUAUUUUUGACUUGGAAUGUUUCCUACCAGAAAUCACAAGUGAACAGCGGCGAUCAGAAGAAAGUGUAACAUCAUUCAAAUUUGCUUUAGUUGUUCAAAAGAUUCCAAAAGCAGACCUCAUCAAUCAAAUCCCAGUGUCGGCCUUACGGUUAAUCCAGCUGGAACCAAUCAAACGGAAAACAUUUGUUUGGCCAGGAAAUUUCGAUAAAAUCUCCGACUUUUCGGUGGCAUCAGCCAUAAUUGGUUACUACUAUGUGAAGAAUCUUGAAGAACCUGACAAUCGCCGCAACUACAGCGAAGAGAGUGAAAAUGAGGAUAGUUUAGAGUCUUGGCUAGAUUGUAUACUGGAAAAACCCGAAAGGGUGGAAGAUGAUGAGGAUGAAGAGGAAGGAUUCCCUGAGGAGGAAGAAACUAGUAAAGGUGGGAACGUUGAGGAAUAUGAUUGACACAUUAAGUUAUUUUUCAAGAGAUCUGUUUUACAAACGUACAACAUGUCUUAAAUUUAAUAUGAAGCGAAAUCUCUGUGAUAAACAUUAAUUUAAAUUCCUCUUAUUGAAAUUUAUCAUUAUAUUUAUAAAAAUUGUCUGUUAACAGUCAAGAAACUUCUACUUGUUUGGUUUCAAGCACAUGGGAGCAAUUACACGAGACUUCAGUAAGUGAUCAGUUAUGGACCGUUAAAUACUACAAUUAAUCCAGAACACAUUUAUUUUUAUAAACUUUCAUUAUUGCAUGGCGAUAUUAAAAAAAUAAAUAUAAAAAUUCCAAAGUAUCUCUUAUAACUUCCAUAAUUUCGUGAAAAUUACCAUUUUUUGUGAGAAAACGUUUGGACAUUCCCAG